AAGGUUGGAGCCCGCUUGUCCCCACGGAAACGCACGCUUCCAUCUAUCCUGAGAGUGACUUGUUCACCACAAAUAUCUGCAAGGUCUGAUUCAUGGAGGAUGACACAUCAAGACAAAAAGAGUCCAUCUCUCUCAGAUCUGUGGCCAAUGGUCUGGACAACACAGGGGCUGAGUUCUUGGAAAGCCUGGAGGAAGGCCAGACCCCCGGCAGUGACUCGAGUACUGCAGAAGGUGGAAGGAGCGAGGCUGGUCCGGAGCCCUCCUCGGGAUGGAGGAUCCUGCAGUCAGCCCUGGGAGUGAGACUCUUCUGCAGGGAGCACAUGCGGCUGUUCCGGUGGAUCUGCAUAGGCCUGCUCUGUACUGCAUUUGCUGCCUUCCUGCUGAUUGCCUGCCUCCUGGAUUUCCAGAGGGCCCUGGCACUGUUUGUCCUCACCUGUGUGGUCCUCGUCUUCCUGGCCCACAGCCUGCUGAAGAGGCUGCUGGGGCCAAAGCUGCCGAGGCAUGUCAAGCCUCUGGGGCAUUUCCGCCUGGACCUCUGGCUUAAGAGGGGUCUAGCCCUCGCUGCUUUCCUAGGCCUGGUCCUGUGGCUGGUUCUGGACACCUCCCGGCGGCCAGAGCAGCUAGUAUCCUUUGCAGGAAUCUGCGUGUUCAUCAGCCUCCUCUUCGCCUGCUCAAAGCAUCACCACGCAGUAUCCUGGCGGGCUGUGUCCUGGGGCCUUGGGCUACAGUUUAUACUUGGGCUCUUCAUCAUCAGAACAGAACCAGGAUUUAUUGCAUUCCAGUGGCUGGGCGACCAGAUCCAGAUCUUCCUGAGCUACACGGAGGCCGGCUCUAGCUUCGUGUUUGGGGAGGCUCUGGUCAAGGAUGUCUUUGCCUUUCAGGUUUUUCCCAUCAUCAUUUUCUUCAGCUGUGUCAUGUCAGUUCUCUACUACGUGGGCCUCAUGCAGUGGGUGAUCCUGAAGAUCGCCUGGCUGAUGCAGGUCACCAUGGGCACCACAGCCACUGAGACCCUGAGUGUGGCUGGAAACAUCUUUGUGAGCCAGACCGAGGCUCCUCUACUGAUCCGGCCCUACCUGGCAGACAUGACGCUCUCUGAAAUCCACGUUGUCAUGACCGGAGGCUACGCCACCAUAGCCGGCAGCCUGCUGGGCGCCUACAUCUCCUUUGGGAUCGACGCCGCCUCCUUGAUUGCUGCCUCCGUGAUGGCCGCCCCUUGUGCAUUAGCCCUCUCCAAGCUGGUCUACCCCGAGGUGGAGGAGUCCAAGUUUAGGAGUGAGGAAGGGGUGAAACUGACCUACGGAGAUGCUCAGAACCUCUUAGAAGCAGCCAGCAGCGGGGCGGCCAUCUCGGUGAGGGUCAUCGCUAACAUCGCAGCCAACCUGAUUGCCUUCCUGGCUGUGCUGGCCUUCAUCAACGCUGCCCUCUCCUGGCUGGGGGACUUGGUGGGCCUCCAGGGCCUCAGCUUCCAGCUCAUCUUCUCCUACAUCCUGCGGCCUGUGGCCUUCUUAAUGGGCGUGGCCUGGGAGGACUGCCCGGUGGUGGCUGAGCUGCUGGGCAUCAAGCUGUUUCUGAACGAGUUUGUGGCCUACCAGGGGCUCUCCCAGUACAAGCAGCGCCGCCUCGCAGGGGCUGAAGAGUGGGUCGGCGCCAAGAAGCAGUGGAUCUCUGUCAGAGCAGAAAUCCUCACAACGUUUGCCCUCUGUGGCUUCGCCAACUUCAGCUCCAUCGGGAUCAUGCUGGGAGGCCUGACCUCCAUGGUCCCCCAACGGAAGAGCGACUUCUCCCAGGUCGUGCUCCGGGCGCUCUGCACCGGGGCCUGCGUGUCCCUGGUGAACGCCUGCGUGGCGGGGAUCCUGUACGUGCCCAGGGGGGCUGAGGUCAACUGCACAACCCUCCUGAACACGAUCCUCAGCAGCAGCAGCUUUGAGGUGUACCAGUGCUGUCAGGAGGCCUUUCAGAGCAUCAGCCUGGAGUUCAGCCCAGAGGCCCUGGACAACUGCUGUCAAUUUUACAACAACACGAUCUGUGCAUACAACCACACCCCCGCAUAGCCGGGACAGAACUCUGUGCCUCCCCAGGAAGCGUCUGUCCCUGCCUUUCUCUCUCCAGGCCUCUCCUCUGGGAGGCCACAGGGCUCAGACCGACCUCAGUCACACAACUGGGGAGGAGGGAUGGGGGGAAUGGGCAGAGACUGAGUGAGUGUAAGUAAAUGAAGGCUGCCCCCAUCCCUUGCCCCCUUUCUGACCCCCCAUUUCCUGCCCCGCAAGAUGUGAACUCUCAGGGUCCCCUCUGCCUCCUCUCCUCUCCCCUCCACAUCCAAACUUCUUCUUUACUCCUCCCCACUUGGGUCUCUCACAUGCACCUUCCCUUCACCCCUGGCACUUCAGCCGCCUCCUUCCAGCCACUUGAAUCUUGCUAUGGCUUACCCCUGCCAGACAGACGGUUUCUCCUGGUGACCCCCUUCCUCUGCUUUCAGAGACACUCCCACUGCCUUCCCCCAUAGCACUGCCCAAACUGGUGUCCUGUGGAACACUGUCCCAUGGGUGUUCAGAAGGGAGAGACACAAGUUUAUUUUCUCACAGUUCUGGAGGCUGGAAAUCCAAGAUCAGGGCACCAACAUGGUUAGUUUCUGGUGAGAACUCUCUCGCCGGCUUGUGGACGGCCGCCUUUUCACUGUGCCCUCACGUGACAGAGAGAAAGAGAGACAGCAAGCUCUCCGGUGUUUCUUCUUAUAAGGGCAUUCAUCUCAUCAUGGGCCCCCACCCUCAUGGCUUCACCUACCCUACUUACACCCAAAGGCCCCAUCUCCAAAUGCCAUCACACUGGGGGUCAGGGCCCUGUGUUCUUCAGGGGGAGGUCACACCAGAAGCUCAGUGGGGUGAGGCCUGGACAGUGGCCCAGUGGUGGGCCCAGGCCUCAUUCUCAUGUCCAGGGAGCAAGGGGCACGUGCAGGUGUGGCUGAGGAGGAGAAUGGGGUGGCCAGGAAUAUCAGAGCUUGUGCGAGGCACACACAGUGUGGUCCACUCUCUGUGCUGCUCCCACUCUCUGUGCUGAAGACCUUUUGUGACCCAAUUCAUUCUGCACUGAUACUUGCAUAAAAGACAAUAAAAAUGAAUUACUGGGAAAAUAAUAAUAGUAAAAAAAGUGUAUGACACACAAGCCCUAAUUCUUCGUUGUUAGAUUCAACCAACUUAAAAUCACUCUGUCAAA